AGGAGAGAAACAGCACAUGAUCUGAAGCAUACCAUAUAAUCUGUCAAAAAUGAUAUAGCUGCUACCGCUAUAAGCAGUGACAUAAUCAGUUAACACCAGUAACCUGGUUCCUUUGGCAUCCCCAUGCUAUAAUUUUGCCUCCACCUCCACCCAAAAAAUCUAUUUGACUUUUAUCCAUUUUGUUUUAAUGUAGAGCAUAAAUAAAUAAAACUAAUAUGAUGCAGUGCAUAUACAUCAAACUUUAGUAAAUGCCUCACCGGAUAGACCCCUCUCAUUCAUUUCUUCUUUUUGCCUCUGUUCAUCUCCUCGUUAAAGUCACCCAUAUGUAGACACUUUUUAUGACCCGUAUACCAAGUUGAACUAUUUAAAAUCCACCAUAAAAGAUUAUAAAGCCACAUGACAUCAGUUUUGGAUCAAGUACCUAAGUUGGUUGUUUGGAAAAAUGUGGCCAAAAGGUCAACAGGUAGGAGUGGUAUCACACGGAACCAAACAUCCCUACAAAUACUUGUAGUAAAUAUAGCUUCUGAUUUAGUGCUCCUUUUUACUUUCAAAGUGCUUUACGGCACAUUUGAUCUCAAAUACGUAAAUAUUAUUUAUGUUACUGGAGUAAUUAAUCUAAUUACUUUUUACUUGAAGUCUUGAAAUAUGUUACUCUGUGUAGGAGUUGAUUUACUGACAAUGUAGGAAGUUUAAAUGCAUGUUGGCAGUUUUUAAUUAGUCUGUGGGUGUACUGCCAGUGUGUGUUUGUGUGUGCUGCUAAUUAAAAGUGUCCUGUUCGUGUGUGCUUUUGUCUCAUAUAUAAGACCAAUAGACGGCAGAUGACAGACAGAGUAGAAGAGGCGAGGUGACACACUGAGGAGGUAACUAACUACUGAUUAUCUCACUUAGAUCUGAUCUGAUAUUGCUUACGGAUAAAGGUGAAGAUGGUGAUGAUGAUUAUAUCACUGGGGCUUCUCUUUGUUGGACUUGGUAUGACAUCAGCUGAUGCUGGCCCAGGCAGCUGUGUGGGUCGAUGCGGUGAGGUUUUCAACAGAGGCCGGCAGUGUAAGUGUGACUUCAGCUGCCUGCAACAUAAAGAGUGCUGCCAGGACUUUGAAGCUACAUGCACCAUCGCCCAGUCAUGUCAGGGUCGCUGUGGUGAGGUCUUCCGACGUGGUAAGCUGUGCGAAUGUGAUCCACUGUGUGUCCUCUACAACACCUGUUGCCAUGACUACAAACUGAACUGCAACGCCACAGUGCCACUCUCACCAGAGUCAUAUCGUAGUAGGUUCCAGUCUCUAAGGGCCACAGCUUCAGGAAAGCGGAAAUCACAGAAGAACAGGAAAUCCUCCAAUAGUGAGAGUGAGGAAUAUUUCACAGGGAGAGGUCGCUGCCCAGAGCACCUUGGGGAUCAGUGUCAAGGUUCUUCAGGCCUCCUCAACUCACUGACUGUUGGCUCAUCUGACUCCACCCCUUCCGCUGUACCAGCCAAUCAGCUACAACAUGGUGUGAGUAGCAUGCCUGUUGGCCUGCUGCCUGUGAUAGUCCCUUCUUCUCACAGCAGAGCUCCAUACUCACCAGCACCUGGCUCAUCUCUGCCCAUCAAUAAUGCUCCGUCUCUGGGCAGUGGUGCUCCAGUGAGCCCCAUGGCUCAUGGAGCUGUUGGCAGUAAACUGGAUGCCCAGCUUGUGUUGUCCCCUGGGGGAGCUGCUUCAUCUAUGCUUAGUCAAGCAGGUUCCAGACCCAGCACUCUUCAAGAUGUAUUACAGGGCUUGGGGCAUGGAGGAUCUGAAGGACCAGGAACAGGGGUCUUUGCUGAUGUCGACCUAUGCAGCGAUUCUCCCAUCAAUGGACUGACAGCGCUCAUUAACGGGACCAUUCUGGUAUUUAAAGGCAAGUUAUUCUGGUCUGUUGAUCCCAUCAGCCGCUCUGUGGGUCAGCCACAAAGUAUCACAGACACUUUGGGCAUCUCAUCUCCCAUCGACACCAUCUUCACACGUGCCAAUUGCAAAGGAAACACCUACAUUAUCAAGGGGGACCAGUACUGGCGUUUAGAUGGGAACAUGGUGAUGGAGCCGGGUUACCCCAAACCUCUGGUCUCAGAAUUCCCUGGUUUGACAGGACAUAUCAGUGCUGCACUGGCAGUGCCAGCCACCAGGGGCAAACCAGAAACUGUGUACUUCUUUAAGAAUGGAGAAAUUUUGCAGAGCUUCACAUUCCCACCAGACAGCAUUCCUUCCUGCAGCAAGAAACCAAGAAAUUCCAUGAAUACUGGAGUUCUUCUGGGUGGAGAGAUCAACAUCAAAGUGUCUCUGAAGGGAUUCCCCACCCCCAUCACCUCUGCUCUGUCCAUGACCAGCCCUCAGGGGAGCGGCAGAUACCAUCACUACGUCUUCUCUGGACCUCUCUUCUUCAACAUCCAGAUUUCGGGUGACCUGCCGGUGCUGGCCAAGCCUGAUCCAUCUGCAUCCUUUGCACCUUUGCCCAUCCUCAGCCCAACUAUUGUGGCAACCAGUUCUGCAAACAUGGCUGGCCAGAACACAGUCCUUCCCCAGGCAGCCAACUCUAUCAGAGUUUGGCUGCGCUGUCCUUAGGAAAGUCCUGCAGGAGACCUGUUGUAGUGUUUUCUUCGUUAACACGCACAAAAAAGCCUCCUAAUAAAUAAGUCUGCUGCUGAUUUUCCUCGUACAUUAAUAUGACAUUUAUAAUAUCUGGAAAUGCCAAAUAAAUACAUCACAAUUUUUUUACACUCUACACAUCCUAACCAUAUGAGUGUAUAUCCAGCACAACACCACAUAGUCUAUGGUGGGUUUAAGUUAAUCUACCCAUCAUGAACUGCAACAUAACCUAUAAGGAUUAUCUAAAGCCAACCCACAGUUUGAGGAAAAAGAAGUGUAAUUCACAGCUAUUUUCAUUAAAAGUAGAUUCCAGUGAUUGUCUCCACUGAUACAAAACAAAAGCAAAAGAUGUUGAGCAAUUUUAUUAUUUGAUCAAUUCAACAGAAAUAUUUUGUCAUUGUUGACAAAUUGUUUUGUCAUAAUUGAUCUUCGUGUCCUCCACUACAUCCUACCAAAAUAUUCUUCAUUUUAUUAAUAAAAAGCAUCCCAUGACACUGCUGCUCCUCAUAUUUCCACUUUAUUAUUAAAACACAUGUAUAAACAACCAAAGAUCAGAGGACAAAAAAAAGAAAAACUAACAAAAUAACACAAUCAGAAGUUCACACACCUGUCAGAUCUCUCCAGUAAUAGUCUGAUUUUAAGUGGACCUAAAAUGUAUUAAAUUUGUUGCCUUGUUUAUGUUUUACUGAAUAGGAUGACUGAGCCUUCACUGGUGAUAUCUUCAUUAGGAGAUUCCUCCUCUUCCCAGAGCUCCUCCCCUCCCUUCUCGAGGGAACGUUCCUGAAAUAUUAGCGAAAGACGGGGAAAAAAAAAAAAUGUGUGAAGCGAUCAGUGAGAUACCAUAUUGUCACUCUUCUUGUUCCCUGAGUGUAAUGCUGCUCUCUGCUUAAUGCACUUCAAUAAACUGCUUUAUCAUUUAAAACUA